UCUCUUCGUGACCUACAAACGUCGAUAACAGCACACGGACGGCUCGUUUCUAGAUAUUUUUUUGUCAUACUCUCUCAACCCCCACUGCAAUCGUAGUAGUUUUUUCCCACCGCGGAACAACCCCCAUCAUCGCAACAGGCCGCGUUCCUCUGCAGAGCCUGAAUUAUCGAUAUUGCUGCAAUAAAGCAUAUUUUUUGCACGAUAUUCGGUAAAGUGAUAAUGACUUUGACGAGUUGCACGAAACACCCUCUUCUGCUACUACCACUACUACAUCGUUAGUUCCCAUCAUCAUUGAGCAAAUACAUAGUUCCUUACUGAGGGACAAGGAAUAGAGUUAUAAUUUUACCCACCACACCCCGCCUACUAUUUGAUCGCAGGCGAUCCACACGGAAUUUUUUGAUUGCACGCGAAUGAGUCACGGCAUACUUGGACUGGGUGGAGGCUUGGUACUUAGCAGCAGCAUGAAGCCCGGAAGUGACGGUAGUAACAACAACACAACUAGCAAGACGAAUGGAAUCGGUGACGGGGGCAAUCGGGAGGUCGUAGCCCGCUGGAGAGUUCCCAUGCACGGGAAGAUCCACGAGGUGGAGUUUGAACAUGGCACGGCCAGUGGCAAGCGGGUGCUGUGGAUUGAUAAGGAGGAGAUUUUCCGACGCGAAUGGAUGUUCAAACUGGUUGGGGAGGAUAUGUUCAAGCUGGAAGACAAGCGGUGCAUUAUCAGGGUUGAUCCGCUGCCGGGUUUCAAGUACAGCUACUCGCUGUACGUGGAUGGGAAGUCGUACGAACAGUUCACGGAAUCGCAAGCCAAAGCUCUCAAAACGUGGGAGGUUAACCUGGGCGAUAACUUCUAUCGUAUAGUUCUAGAAAAGAACACGCUCAACAUCUACGUCAACGGUAAACUGAUUGAGGAGAAUGGUGAGUUCGUAGAUGGCGGCACCGAUACGACGUUCAUCGAGGACGGAAACACGUUCGUGUUGACGGCACGAACCAGUGGUAAUAAACGGGACGGGAUUGUGCAUUUGCUAGCGGUGAACGGUGUAAGCGUGGACGAUUCAUGUGGCGGUGACCGUGAUGGAGAUGCUCAAUGAAAAACUAUUUUGAAAAGACAUGUUUGAGGUUACAGUGCAAUUUGGAUCGUUAUUAAGUGUAAAGUGUUGCUUACGAUUUACACGCUGCUGUUUACUGGAAACCUGUGUACGAUGUUUUCUAAAUGUGAAAAAUACUGAUAAAUAUAUUUAC